CCAUCACUAUUGCUCAAAAAUUAACUAAAAAUGACCUCAAUCCAUCCCUCCAUCCAAAUCCAAAUGCACCCUUACAGAUGGAUGAAGAAAUGGCGGCGAGGGUGUCACCGGAAGCAAAAUCGAAGCUGGAGAAGAAAUACCGCCUUCCAAUUUCAGUCCAAGCUUUUUCCCUGGCCGUCCAUGGCGUUCGAUUCUUCGAUUCCAAACAUCAGCCCGGAGAUGAAACCCUAGAAAAAAGUGUUGAAAUAUUGGAAUGUGCAUGCAAGCUGGUGCUAGAAAAAUUGAAAAACUGCGCCCACGAAAUCGAGUUCAAAGACAAGGCGUACGAGUUGCGCCGCGCCCUUGUCGAACUAAUUGAAUUGCACAGGGACAAGCACCCGGAUAGCCAAUUAUGGGUGGCUCGAUUGAAAUCGGAGCGCGAUUCCGCAUCAUUCUACAUGGGAGACUUCUUAUAUCAAUGGGACUUUGCGUUCGAUCUGUUUCUGGACGAAAGAACACCGAAAAAGAUUAAAUUGUACAGGGAAUACGCGUCGAACAUUGCUUCUCUAUACUGUCCUGUGCUGAAUAAGAGCAUCUUGAAGGAAUCGUCUGUCGUACCCCGUGAAAAGUCCCGUAACAUUGUUCGGUUUCUCGAUGAUAUACAAAGACAGCUAAUUAAACGUUUCAAGUGUCUCUUGACAGUCGAGGCGUGUCAUGUUGCUGAGGUGCUGAGCAUGCGGACUGAUGUCCCGCUCACGCAGAUUCUUCCGUCAAUUAACAAUCACAAGAGAAAGGCUAUUUAUAUGACGAAACAGAGGGUGGUGAAUCAAGAACGCGUGAUAAAUGAAAUUUACGAAACGUUGUCCGUAAGUGGGCCGAUUACUACCCGCCCUAGGGGUUCGUUUCUUCUUUUGGGUGGUUCUGGAGUCGGUAAAACGGAGAUCGCAAAGGCUGUUGCGCUUCAUUGGUAUUGUGAUGCGAGCAGGCUUGUGGAGAUAGAUAUGUCAGAGUACGCAGAGCCGCCUCAGUUGGAAUCAGCAAAUUGUGAUAUAGUUGAGUGGUCAAAGAGAAUGCAUCGUGAAUUUUGGAAUCGUCUUACUGAGAUUGUGGCGAAACGACCUUAUUCAGUUAUCCUUCUCGACAAAGUUGACAAGGCUUCCUCUAUUGUCGCAAGGGUUCUCGUUGAGGUUUUGAGUUACGGUGAUAGUAAGAGGAGCAUUGUUGACUUCUCCAACUCUAUUAUUUUUAUGACUUCAAGUGUGGGGUCCACACAACUUCCACCGUUGUUCUCUAGUACAAAUUGGAAUGAAGAUGUUUUGGAACAGCUUAGGCGCAAUCCAGUCGAAUUCUACAGGGCCCGUAUUUGUAAUUUAAGGGGCAGUGAGGAAAGAGUUCUUGCCGAGGUGAGAAGAAUCUUCGAUGCUGAGCUGUUAAAUUCAGUUAAAAUUCUUGUCGUGAGGAGGUUUCAAAAUAACAAGGCUGUUGCGAGGCUGUUGCUUCGGGAAAUUGUUAGAGAUAUUUAUGGAGAAAGAUUUGUCGUGCAUGCGUCUAAUGCUGCAAUAGAUGCCUUAUUUCUCAAGGCACCAACCGUACAUAUUGAAGCUGGAAAGGCUUUCCAAAAAGCAUUGCUCGAGCACGUAAUUCCACAAUUAGCAACCUCAAAAGGUGCAGACAAUGCUUCUGUAUAUAUUGAUACGUUAGUUGGAACUCACGAGCUAUCGUUCAGAUUCCAAGUACAUGGACAAAAUGCUCCCGAUUGGUACUUAAAGCUAGCAGAUGGGACAUUCGAUAAUUUGUUGGUCGGCUUAAAGAAGAAGGUUAAAACAGUGCAUAAGAUAUUCAACUUUCGUAGAGAAUGCUUGCGCAUGUUGCUUACUCCCCAUAGUUUAUUUUUGUUGGGGAAUUUAUUAGCAAAUUCUUGCGACGGGCUCUUAAAGUGUUGCUUGGGAGACAAACCACUAACAUGCGUAUUUAAAGAGAGAGCAUCUUGGGACAAUAUUCUUCCUACAAUUGAAGAGAAGAAGAAGAAGACGUUGAAAAGUCUUGUCGAAAAAUUGAAAAAAAGAAACGAUAGUGGUAUUGCUAAAGUAACUAGUGUGAUACUAGAUGCUCUAGUGAAGACGAGCGACGCUGCGUCAUUGGAAUCGCCUAAUUUGCCAGAUAAGCACUUCCUAAUUGGAGGUUUGAACGGUGGUGCUAAAGAAGGGCUGAUUAGUUCCCUUAACGAGUCGGUAGGGGAAUCGCUCUUCGUGUAUAUCAAAUUGGACGAUAAUUGCAGAGGCGAGGAAGUGAAGAAGCUUGUUAUCGAUGAAGUGAAGAAGAGGCCAAGUGUGGUCGUUUUGUUCGAUGGAAUCGAGUUUGCCGACGAUGUGAUCUAUAAGAGCAUACUCGAGAUUCUUGAUAAGGGUACACUCGAUGGUGACUGUGAGGUUGAGUUUUGGAGAAGUAUCGUUAUCCUUUUAACGGAUGUGGAAAAUAAACCUUGGAUUGCUGAGGCUAGGUUUAAUUGUCGACCGAAUGUUCCGUCUAGUAUGGCCGUGAAUCAGAGUGUGAAGAGAUUUAGGACGGAGUUGAUGCAUCGGGUGGAUGGGAUAAUUGUCUUUAACCCUGCGGCAGAGGACGACGACGGGCCUUUUCUGCGUAUUCCUGGUGGCAGCUGCUGCUUGAAUAAUUUGCAGUUAUUUCGUUGUGCCAGCUUUUACCACCCUGGUUUCUCUUUGUAAUGUUUGAACCAUUGCGAGUUAGUUGACAACACAUGUACAUAGUAAUAUUAACUUCGUCAAGUUCACCGAGUGUAAAUUCGACCGAGUGUAAAUUCGAAUAAAGCAAAAUAUAAGUCACACAAACACGCGCACACACAAUAGUCAAAUCGCAUCGCAAGUCCCUUACGCGCACACACAAUAGUCAAAUCGCAUCGCAAGUCCCUUACAACCGUUC